GGCAGGGCAGGGCGGGGGAGGCGGCCCCGCCACCGCCGGGGCGGCUCGGCCAGCGGGCCGGCGACAGCGGCUGCGGGCGCGUCCCGGCGGGGCUGCCCCCCUGCCCCGUCCCGUCCGCGCCGGGACCGGGGGCAGCAUGGAGACUGUGUUGCUGGAGCACUUCCCCGGGGGGCUGGACUCCUUCUCCUCGCCCCCCUACUUUGACGAGGAGGACUUUUUCUCCGAGCCGCCCCCGCGGGACGUGCUGGCCGCGGACGGGCUGCUGGAGCCGGACGUGGAUUUCCUCAGCCGGCAGCUGCAGGAGUACUACCGCGACGGCGGCGACCCCGAGGGCGGCUACCGCUGCCCGGCGCCGGCCGCCGCCUUCCCGCCGUCUCCCGCCUCGCCCGGCUUCGCCUACGAAUGCUGCGGGGCGGCGGGCGCGGCGCUGCUGUCCCCCGGGGGGCGGCUUCAGGCGCUGGGCUCGGCCAAGCGGCGGCGGCGGGUGCGCUCCGAGGCGGAGCUGCAGCAGCUCCGGCAGGCCGCCAACGUGCGGGAGCGGCGGCGGAUGCAGUCCAUCAACGACGCCUUCGAGGGGCUGCGCUCGCACAUCCCCACUCUGCCCUACGAGAAGCGCCUCUCCAAGGUGGACACGCUGCGCCUGGCCAUCGGCUACAUCAACUUCCUCAGCGAACUGGUGCAGUCCGACCUGCCGCUGCGCAGCUCCAGCAGCGAGAGCCCCAGCCAGCCCAAGAAAAUCAUCAUCUGCCACCGCGGCACAAGAUCUCCCUCCCCGAGCGACCCCGACUACGGACUCCCCCCUCUGGCCGGUCACUCGCUGUCGUGGACUGAUGAAAAGCAGCUCAAGGAACAAAACAUCAUCCGGACAGCCAAAGUGUGGACCCCCGAGGACCCGCGGAAGGUGAACAACAAACCCUCCGUCAACGACAUAGAGAACGAGCCCCCCUUCGACUACGUGGCGUGAGGCGCCGCGCGGGUGGUCCCCGCCCCCUCCCGCUCUGUACAUGCUGUAUGUAGAGACCUAUAUUGUAAAUGUAAUUUAAGAUUCAGACUCUAAGGGCAAUCAACUUUAUUUAUGUAUUUAUUACGGAGUAGUGAUAAUGAGGUAGAAUAGUCUGUUUUGAAUAUAUAAUUUAUAUAAUUUAUCUUGAUUUUUUUUUUUAAGAUAUGCAAUAGGUUUUUUCCACCAGCACCUUUUUUUUUUUUUUUUUUUUUUUUUUUUUAAUGGGGGAAAUAUGCCAGAAGCCGUGAAAAUAAUUUAUUGCCGCACGUGGACUCUCCUUGUGUUUUGUUAAUAAUAAACGCGAAUUGUACGUUGUGGAGCAGUAUAUUUGUUGGUAGCGGCUUCCGAGAGCCCCACCACAUCCCGAGGAAGCCUUGCAAUGAACGCCUAUACCAGUCUCCAGGCGGGGUGAGCCCCGAGACCCAGUGGCACCCUAGGCCCAGAUGCUGGCCCCACUGCCCCAUCGCCGGCUCGGGCUGCUCUUAUAGCGUCGGGGGGACGGGGACGGGCGGGGACACACUUUCGCCUUCUCUCCACCCCUUUUGACGUCCUCUCCUGAAGUGCUUCCAACUGAUGUCUUUGUCUAUCUCUAGAAGGUCCCCUCCUUUCAAUGUCCCAGCGCUGCUUGUGGUUUCCAGCUGGAAGAUCCGAGCCCCCAAACACAAAUCUUGAGAGGGUGUGUGCGUCCCCCGCCUUGUGUCCCUGACCCCGCCGCCAUGGGAAUGGGCGCGCUAUCCGGAGCUGUACAAAGCUGUUCUGAAAGUUGCCGGGGAGGGAAGGAUGAGGCUGGGGACCGGGCAGGCUUGGGGCUCUGCCGGCUGCCCCUAGUCUUCCGCAGUUCUUCCCCCGGCCGCGCCUGGGAAACAGUCCCCACGCUCCUCCUGGGGUUGCCGCUGG